CGUUAAACAAAUCAAACUUUAACUUUUUAUGCAAGUUUGAGACUGUCCCUUGAAGACAUUUCUAAUAACUGCUGAUGCCUCAAAACGGUGGAGCUUACAGAGGAAGAAUAUUCACGCUAACGGAAACAGGUUUUCUGUUCGUUCAAACAGAAAUGUCGAACCAGAUAGUGUCGUCUUUCCACCCUGGUGAUGUUUCUUUCCUCGAUCGCGGCAGUGACACAUCUGUACUUGUUCACCUGCACGGUGCCACUGUCUUGUCAUGGCGAUGUAAAGGCCAAGAAGUUCUGUUUGUGAGUGAUAAUGCUGUCUUUGACAACAAAAAGGCCAUACGAGGUGGGAUACCAAUUGUAUUCCCCAAUUUUGGGACAUGGAAGCAUGGGCCUCAGCAUGGAUUUGCACGGAUAAAGCGAUGGCGUGUUGAAGUUCCACCGACCAAGGAUCACAAGGGCAAUGUUAUUGCUGCAUUUUCGUUAGAAGACGAUGCUGAAACACGUUCCAUGUGGAAUUUCAAAUUUAAGCUUGUGUAUACAUUGGAACUGCAGGAGUCUUCACUAGUCCAAAACCUGUGUGUCCACAACUUGGACAAAAGCAGUUUUGACUUCACCUGUCUCCUACAUACUUAUUUCCGAACACCUGAUGUGGAGAAGAUGAGAAUCAUGGGGCUGCAGAACCUGACGUAUUGUGACAAAUUAAAAGAUUCUGCAGAAUUUAAAGAAGAUCGUUCAGAAAUACAAGUGUGUGAAAAUAUCGACAGAGUGUACACAAGUUCGCCAUCAGAAAUACGUGUCACUCACGUAGGAGAUGGGUCAUGUGAUGCUGUUCUGAAGAUCUUUGAUUUCCCCGAUGUGGUUGCUUGGAAUCCGUGGGUGGAGAAGUCGCAGGCGAUGUCAGAUUUUGGUGAUGACGAGUAUCACGUGAUGUUGUGUGUUGAGGCAGGGUGUGUCUCAAAGCGGGUCGUCCUGCCCCCGGGACAGAGCUUCGAGAGUAGCCAGACUCUCAUUCUGAUCAACUCCCCACGAUAACUCUACUUCAACCGAACUCCUACUGCUCUCAACUCACCACGAAAACUACUUCAACCGAACUCCUACUGCUCUCAACUCACUACGAUAACUCUACUUCAACCGAACUCCUACUGAUCAACUCACCACAAUAACUCUACUUCAACCGAACUCCUACUGAUCAACUCACCACGAUAACUCUACCUCAACUGAACUCCUACUGAUCAACUCACCACAAUAACUCUACUUCAACCGAACUCCUACUGAUCAACUCACCACGAUAACUCUACUUCAACCGAACUCCUACUGCUCUCAACUCACCACGAUAACUCUACUUCAACCGAACUCCUACUGAUCAACUCCCCACGAUAACUCUACUUCAACCGAACUCCUUCUAUUCAACCCUGCAGUUACAGGCCUCCCAACCACUUGUACAUACCAAAAUAUAGGAAAUAUAGGACUUUGCAUACCAAAAUAUAGGAGUUUUAUAGGAAUUUUGAGGUCAAAUAUAGGAAAAUUUGGAAAAAUUAUCAUGAUUAUAGGCAUUUUACACAGAUUUUAAAGACAUUUACAUUACUAAUGGUAUGUUCUUACCUUGCAUAUGUACACAAUGAUACCAUCUACUACCUCAACAAACAGGGUUGAAAAUUAGCAGUUGCCCGUAGCGACCUUUAUUGGCUAUGGGCAACUAUGAAUUUCACAAAGGUAGUCCGUUGGGAGAACAUUGAUUUUAGAAUCUGGUGAAUAUGGUACCAGGUGAAAAAUUAACGCACUGAAACUGAAUCGAAUGUGACAAAACACACCGCUAUUGUGCUGACGCGAACUACAUAUCUGGCAACAGACAACAUUAUAGAACAUGUUCUAUAUUUUGACAACGCCAGACUUACCAGACUCAGCCUCAGCUUCUGAGAUUUUGGUCCGAGGCUUUAAAAAAAUAUAGCUCAAAACGUAUUGCAAACACAUCAUGUUUUUGGGUUUUUUUUUAAGUUGUUGGAUUAAUGGACUGGAUACCCCA